GUAGUUUGGAUUGAACACCAUGGACGGGGGCAAACUGGUAAAACUGAAGGCGAAGCUUAACGAAAUAUCAUCUGCGAUUGACGACGCCGAUGCUCGCAAGGCAGACGCAAAGGCGGGCAUGAUAGAGGCCAGCUCGCGACUGGAGAAGGCUGAGAGUGAGGGCAAUGGCAUAAAAAGGAGGAUCGCGCUGCUGGUAAAAGAGCUGGAGGGCGUCAAUGGGAGGAACGAAGCUCUCAGCGCAAAGAUAGAGGAACAAAUGAACAGUAGUACCGGCAUCGAAGGGGCCAGGAGAGAGCUGGAAGAACUCGAGGUAGAAGGUGAUGAGCGGACGCAGAUGAUGGAAGACGAGCUGAGACACGUGAAGAUGAUGAAAGAAGAGACUGUAACCAUGAUUAGAGCGGCCGAGCAGAGAGCUGUGGUGAUGAAACGAGAGUUGGAGAAAACAAAAAUCACACGCGAGACGCUGGAGAAGCGAGCGCUGGUGUUGGAACGAAAUAUUGCGGAUGGACAGAGCGAGGCCGACUCGUGGAAGGCAAAGCUGAUCGAGCUUCAACGAGAACUUGAGGAUAUGGAGUGUAAAUAAAACUGCUGGAGGCCUGGGUAGCUGCACAGGGCAAGUGAGAGCCAUCCAACACAACGUGUGUGUUACUACACCAGGCUACCCCGUCAUAACUUGUAAUGGAAUGACAUUUUGAAAAGAAAACAAAGCAAAAAUUGUAAUGUUUUGUAACAGCA